AAUACGAGUUGUAUAGACUGGACAAUGGACCAUCAGCAGGACAGCUUACCUCCAGUGAAGCAACCAAGAUACUCGAAAAUAUGUUUUACAUCCGCAGAAUGGAAAACAAAGCAGCCGAGCUGUACCGUGCGAGACUUAUCAAUGGAUUCUGCCACUUGUACUCCGGUCAGGAAGCGGUGGCAGUUGGCCUGAAAGCGGCGAUGAAGGAGAACGACACGAUAAUCACGGCGUACAGGUGCCACGCGUUCGCCAAGAUGUUCGGUUAUACUCCAAGGCAAAUAAUUGCCGAAUUGAUGGGUCGAAAAACCGGAGCUUCCGAAGGUAAAGGUGGCUCGAUGCACAUGUACGCGACCAAUUUUUACGGCGGCGAAGGCAUCGUUGGUGGCCAGGUACCAUUGGGGGCAGGAAUCGGAUUCGCGCACAAGUACAACGGCAAUGGUGCGGUGUCAUUCGCGCUUUACGGCGACGGAGCUGCCUCGCAGGGCCAGAUCUUCGAGUCUUACAACAUGUCCCAAUUGUGGAGUUUGCCGGUGAUCUUCGUAUGCGAGAACAACAAGUACGGAAUGGGCACAGCCAUUCACCGACACUCGGCAAACGACAAGUUUUACACGCGUGGUGACUUGAUACCUGGGAUUCAGGUCAACGGAAUGAAAGUGGAAGAAGUGCGCGAAGCGGUGAAGUUCGCAAGAGAAUACGCAGUUAGCAAUGGACCCAUGCUAAUGGAAAUGCAAACCUAUCGAUACUACGGUCAUAGCAUGAGCGAUCCCGGAACGAGUUACCGAACAAGGGAGGAAGUCAAGACUAUGAAGGAUCAAAGCGACGCCAUCAAGCAUUUUACGACUUUGUGCGAAGAGAAGGGACUUCUGAGUAAAGAGGAGAUUGAGGAAAUGAGAAAGAAAAUAUUUAAGGAUGUUGACCAACAGGUUGAGGAAGCGAAAAAAGACGAAUGGCCUGACAAGUCUGCGAUAUGCAGUCAUUUAUACGUCAACCGAUUAGAAGAAACUCGAGGAAUGGUUCCUUGGCACAAAGUUUAGAGUCGCUUUGUU